AUGGAUCCCAAUCCAUUCCCUCCACCUGCAAGAGGAAGGAGAGGCAGAGGGGGAAACUACCCUUUUGCUAACAAUGACAGGAACAGACAGGGGGCAAAUUGGAGGAACCACCCAGAUCUGGAAGAACAUGAGGAACACAGGGAAGAAGUUCUGCCUAGGCCAUAUAGGGCAGAACCCAAGAUUGAUUACGCCCAACCAGAACAAGGGCAGAAUCUCCUCCCUAUUAAUGCUUUAAAUGACGUAGGGGCAUUGCAAAGAAUGAUCAGAGAAAUGAUGGAGUCUGAAGCAAGAAGAGGAGAAAGGCCCACUUACAGAAAGCCAUAUCCAGCUUACAUUGAUCAGAUACCCUUAUCCCCAGGUUUCAAAGUACCAAACUUCACUUUGUUUAACAGAAAGGAUCCCCAUGCUUCAUCAGUCGAGCACAUAGGCAGAUUUUCUGUCCAGUGUAUAGCCAUAGAGAAUAACCCGCUGUUAAAGCUAAGGCUUUUCGGGAAUUCUCUCUAUGGACAAGCUUUUACUUGGUACACCAAUCUAUCAGCAAAUUCUGUUCAAACUUGGGAGCAGAUGGAGAGUGUCUUCCAUGAUUACUAUUAUAGGAUUCAGCCAGAGGUCACCAUCAGUGACCUUGCUGCCCUCAAGCAGAGUGAAGAUAAACCUGCUUAA